UAUCCGCCCACAAUAAUCAUGGCUGCUCCCAACAGAAAGGAGGUGUUAAGAGUGAUUAUGCAGUCUGGAGCAUUUAUCCUGACUCGAUUCGGCUUCUGGAAUUGUUUUAGUAUGCUUAUGCUUUUUGCAGAGAGGGCAGAUGUAAAACGAAAGCCAGAUAUUCAGGUGCCCUACCUGUACAUUGACAUGGGUGCUGCAGUGCUAUGUGCCAGCUUCAUGUCAUUUGGGGUGAAGAGGAGAUGGUUUGCCCUUUGUGCGGCCAUUCAGCUGGGCUUCAGCACCUAUGUGUCCUACAUUGGUGGACAUGUCUAUUAUGGAGACUGGUUAAAGGUCAGAAUGUACUCACGAGCCUUGGCUGUAAUCGGAGGCUUUCUGGUGCUGGCCAGUGGGGCGGGGGAGAUGUACAGACAGAAACCUCGCACACGCUCACUUCAGUCUACUGGGCAGGUCUUCUUAGGAAUCUACUUAAUAUGCAUGGUGUACUCCCUUCAGCACAGUCAGGAGGACAGACUGGCCUACCUGGACCAUAUCCCAGGUGGAGAAGUCACUGUUCAGCUCCUAGUGCUGGUCUUUGGGGUACUGGCGCUCUCCUUCCUGUCUGGCUGCUAUGUACGGUUAUCCUCUCAAAUUCUAGCCAUCCUUCUUCCAUGGGUAAUACUCUUCAUUGACGGUAACUUUGGUUACUGGCACCACAGCCGGCGUGUGGAGUUCUGGAACCAAAUGAAACUAAUCGGACAAAAUGUGGGCAUCUUUGGGGCAGUGCUUAUCCUAGCCACAGAUGGCUAAGGACCCAGAAAAGCAAAGUCAACUUUGCUGAUAUAGAAUGGAAUUCUAGCUGUAUCUAAGGGGUUGACGUAGAGUGACCGUAAAGUAUUUGAAGAGGAUAUAAAUUUCAACACACCCUACCUUUUUGCCCCAGUUUGUGUCCAGGGUUUUGAAAUCGUCAU